GCCCUGAGAGCGCGGGGCGAGGCGGUGCCGUGUGCAGAGCCCGCCCCUCGCUGCGAUUGGCCGGCUGUGCCGUCAGUCGUGGUUGUGGCGCGCUGAUUGGUGAGAGCGGGGCGAAGCACGGCCCCGCUGGCGGCCUGAGGGCGGCCCUGGCUGGGCAGCGGCGCCAUUGGCGGAGCGUCUGUGCGGGCCCGGGAGCGGCGGCAGCGGCCGGAGGCCGGGGAGGCGGCAUUGGCGGAGCUGGGAGGCGGCCCCGGCGCAGGAUUUGUCAUUGCCAGGGCGUGGCUGGAUGGAGGAGGAGGAGAAGCCCCAGAGAUCCUGCCCGGGGAGUGGCUGCAAACCCAGCCCAGGGAGCUGCGGGGAGGAAAGAGCCCCCCUGAGCCAGGAAGGCGGCUGGAGAUCCAGCCGGAGCUUGGAGCUGGUGGAGAAGGCUCAUGGCAGGGAGAAGCCGCACAAGUGCUUGGAAUGUGGGCAGGGCUUCAGCCGGAGCUCCAGCCUGAUCCGGCACCAGAGGAUCCACACUGGGGAACGGCCCUACGAGUGUGGGAGAUGUGGGAAGAGCUUCAGAGUGAGGUCCAACCUGAUCCGGCACCAGAGGAUCCACACUGGGGAACGGCCCUACGAGUGUGAGGAGUGUGGGAAGAGCUUCAGAGACAGCUCCAACCUGAACCAGCAGCAGGUGAUCCACACUGGGGAAUGGCCCUACGUAUGUGGAGAGUGUGGGAAGGGCUUCAGCCGGAGCUCCAGCCUAAUCCGGCACCAGAGGAUCCACACUGGGGAACGACCCUACGAGUGUGGCGAGUGUGGGAAGGGCUUCAGCUGGAGCUCCAGUCUGAUCCAGCACCAGAGGAUCCACACUGGGGAACGGCCCUAUGAGUGUGGGGAGUGUGGGAAGAGCUUCAGAGACAGCUCCAGUCUGAUCCAGCACCAGAGGAUCCACACUGGGGAACGGCCCUACGAGUGUGGGGAGUGUGGGAAGAGCUUCAGAGACAGCUCCACCCUGAUCCGGCACCAGAGGAUCCACACUGGGGAACGGCCCUACGAGUGUGGGGAGUGUGGGAAGAGCUUCAGAGAGAGCUCCAAACUGAACCAGCACCAGGUAGUCCACACUGGGGAACGGCCCUACGAGUGCUUGGAAUGUGGGAAGGGAUUCACUCAGUGCUCCAACCUGAUCCGGCACCAGAGGAUCCACACUGGGGAACGGCCCUGUAAGUGUGGGGAGUGUGGGAAGAGCUUUGGGCAGAGCUCAGGCCUGAGAACACACCAGUGCAUCCACACUGGGGAGAGGCCCUACGAGUGUCCCCAGUGUGGGAAGAGGUUUCAGACCACCUCCGAUCUCCUCAAACAUGAGCGGAUUCACACAGAGGAGAGGCCCUUCCGCUGCCCCGACUGCGGGAAGGGCUUCAAGCACAACUCCAGCCUCACCAUCCACCGGCGCAUCCACACUGGGGAGAGGCCCUACGAGUGUGGGGAGUGUGGGAAGAGCUUCUCCACAAGCUCAACCUUGACGAAACACCAACAGAGGCACCACUAAGGGAAGCCCUGUGAGUGCCCUGAGUGAGGGAAGAGCUUCGAGUGAGGGAGGAGAGUGAGGGAAGAGCUUCGUGCGCUGCUCCAGCUCCAUCCCCCAUGGGAGGCUCCGGGCUGGAUGAUCCUCAGGGACCCCCAUUGGGCAGAGCCCUGGUGAUCCCAAUUGGGUGGAGGGGAGGG